UACUAACUAGAGCAGCCCUAAUGAAUUCGGGCUAGCAUAGUGACAAUAAAGUGCACUGGCUGCAGCGGUAAUUCUGUACCUUAGCUGCAACAAUUCUUCACAAGUCCGGACGAGUCGGCACACUUUGGGUCUCAAGACAGCCAGGAUGAAACCCUGUAGCAAGCGAGUGACGCACCUUCCCUAAAUGCUGACACAGCUUUGAACGAAUUUCCAAUUUUCGAAUGUCAAUGACGAUUUGAGCAGGGCCGCUCGCACACCGAGUGCAUGCAACCUACCUUGCCCAAAAUUUCCUCUACUAUUUUGAAAAGUUGUGGAAACAGACUGCUACUUAAACUUGCCCCAAGGGGAAAAAAGGAGAGGGAAAUAUAACAGGACAAGCAGCCUCUCAGUUGUCUGCCCGUCCUCGACAUCUCCGGCUCCAGCUGCCGAAUACCAGCCACCCACUCCCAUACCCGGGGACUAUUGCAAGGGUGCUGGCUUGCAUGCAGUGAGCCUGCAUCGAACAGCCGUCAUCGGCACUUUUAAUCGCUUAUCGCACAUCAUUGAAAUAGUCGCAUUCUUUUUCUUCGUUCGUUCUUAUUUAUCGAGGCCUCAUUUGCUUGCCUCUAGUCCUUGGGUCCUCAAGCGUCCCACCUGGCUGUCAGGAGUACCGGUCUCUCCCAGCCUCCCUUCGUCGACGUUUUAAACGGACCAAGGUCGUGAAUUAGUCCCUCUUUAUUCUCGAUUGGUCCCCAUUACCUCUCACAUCAGUUUCUACAAUGAACGGUCCCGAUCCUGUGGGUGUGAAUGAACGGGUCGCGCCUAAGAAGACGACUGUAUCAGCCGGCAAUGGGACCAUUGGGUGGAAAGACUUGCCAAAAAAGCACCAACUUGCCGUGAUAGUUCUUGCUAGGCUAUCGGAGCCAUUGACGCAGACCUCCCUCAAUGCCUACUUAUUCUACCAGGUAAAAUGGUUCGACCCGACGCAGACAGCCGCCCAAAUCGCCUGGAAGGCCGGUCUGCUACAGAGCAGCUUCACAGGCGCCCAGUUUCUCACGGCCAUGGCCUGGGGCCGCAUCGCGGAUUCGAGUGUUUUCGGGCGCAAGAGGGUCAUUCUGUGCGGCCUGUGCGGGACCUUCUUGUCGAGCGUUGGAUAUGCUUUUUCCACAACAUUUACCAUGGCGCUGAUCUGCCGGAUAGUUGGGGGUAUCACGAAUGGCAACGUCGGCGUUUUGAGAACCAUGAUCGGCGAAACUGUCCGAGAGAAAAAAUAUCAGUCACGGGCUUUUCUCCUGCUUCCCAUGACUUUCAAUAUAGGCGUGACUAUAGGGCCUAGCAUUGGCGGCAUGCUUUCAGACCUGGCCGGAAGCUACCCAAACACAUUCGGCAAGGUUCCCCUAUUCGUCAACUUCCCAUACGCAGCGCCUAAUUUAUUCUCUGCUUGCAUCUUAUUUUGCGGCAUUACGUUUACCUGGCUUUGUUUGGAAGAGACUUUGGAUAGUCGCCUGGAUAAAAGAGACCUGGGUCUUGAGCUAGGGAAAAAGAUCUCCGAGUUCCUUGGCUCGUUGGGCUUAUUCUCAAGACGCGAUAAAGCUGGUUACGAAAGAAUUGCAGCCAGCGCAGACGAAGCCGAGGUCAACGACGUGGACCCUGAUUCAUCUAGCCCGACACUGAACGGUAGCCGGCGAUCAUCGGUAGAUGAAUCUAACCUAGCAGCCCAACAGCCGACACCCCCACGACGCCCAAGAUAUACGCAACGCUUGCCCUUCCGUCGUAUCUUUACGCGCAACGUGGUUUUUACAGUCAUGGCACAUUUUCUGCUUGCAUUCCAUCUGGGAACCUUCAACUCUCUCUGGCCCGUCUUUCUCUCGACCCCGGCUUUCGAUCCCUCUUUGCCAACACCACCUGGCAGCCUACCUCGGCGAUUGCCAUUCAUUUUCACCGGCGGUAUCGGUUUUCCAUCGCAGCAAGUAGGCCCUGCAAUGUCGAUCCUUGGGACCAUCGGGAUCCUCUUACAGCUGUUGGUGUAUCCCAAACUUUCUGCCAGGCUUGGAACGACCACAUCUCUGCGGACGUUCCUCACCUGCUUUCCGGUUGUUUACUUUGUCGUCCCCUUUCUCAGCCUCAUUCCUAGCACGGACAACUCUCCAGACUCGCACACCAAGACGGGCCCGGCAAUUUGGCUGGCUAUCACAACAGUGAUAGGGCUGCAUGUUCUGGGAAGGACGUUUGCGCUCCCAGCACAAACUAUACUUAUCAACAACUGCUCGCCACACCCGAGCGUCCUUGGCACAGUCCACGGAAUCGGUCAGACGGCAAGCUCGGCCGCACGCACCCUGGGGCCGGCUCUAGGCGCACUUAUCUUUGGUAUUGGUCUUGAGAAAGGCGUGGUGGCCAUCGUAUGGUGGGUUCUUAGCGGAGUUGCGGUUCUCGGCUUGUUGGCCACCUGUCUUUGGGUUCGCGAAGGCAAUGGUCAUGAGAUCUGGCUUGAGGGUGACAAUGAGGAAGAAAACUGAGGCAGGCUGGAGCCAGCGGCCUGGAAACAUUGCUAUUGUGUCACGUAUCCUGAUUCGUGGGGUUACAUAACAAGGAAGGUUUUGGUUUAAUACUUGCCACCAGCAUCUGGGAGUAACAGCGUAUUCACUUGAGGUUCUCUGCGAGGUUCAAAACAAAUCAUGCAUCAUGUCUCAUUCAUAAGGGCGCCAUAUGCGCCAAAUAUCUAUAACCUACACACCAGACCACCAGAAUGUCUCGGAUAUCUUGAAUGAGC